AUGAUUGUACUUCCAAACACACCUCCCAGACCAAUAUCGUUUGUUGAACCCACGCUAGAGAUAGAUGAUGCGUCAUUACAUACCUUACGGGCAUCAAUACAGUCGCUGAAUUCCCAGAAUAGCGAUUCCAUUCGAUAUGUACUUGAUCUUGAACAGUACCUUGACUCUUUAUAUUCAAAAUUAAAAGAAAAUUUCGAUUUACAUACAGUUAUCUGCUCAAAUAUCCCAUGGAGUAACUUGAAUAGGGUCAAGCCUAAAUUGUUAAAGAGCGUCGCUAAGAUCUCAACCACAAACAGAGUAGACCUUUUGAAAUGGACUUUACUUAACGAAGUAGUGGUUACUGCUGUAUCCGUUGGGUUAUUAUAUGUGAGAAUAGCUUCUGAUUUGCUCAACAAUACGAUAAAUAUUGAUGUGCUGAGUACUACACAAAAAUUAGAAGAGGUCAAUGAAAACUGGAAACGAAUUGUUAAUUUAUACAAGAAAUCAAUAUCCUUCUUUUUAUUUGCUGAAAAACUACAGGCAAAAGUUUUUAACUACGAUACAAAUGUUUUCAUUAACAAGGCGAUUGCACCUAUUCUAAUCAAAGUCAGCGAAAUGUGUAUACAAGUAUCGAUAUUGGCAAAAUCGCUUUGGCUCAAUCGAUCGGCAUUCGAGCGUAAUGAAAAUUUUGGGACUGAAAAUAAUACAACGUUGUCCAAAGUUGCAAUUUCGUGUGUUAAUGAACUGGAAUCGUGUUUGAAUCUAUUAAAUGCACUUUCAAAUGAUAAGGCAACCCCACGAAGAGCAAUUAGCGAUAAUAACGACAAUACUUAUAGUAAUAACAAUAACAAUAAAAAUGAUAAUGAAAACAAUGAGGUGAAUGCACCAGUGGUGGUAAAUCUCAAUUACGAUGGAUGGUAUGAAUAUCUUACAUUAUUCAAACGCUAUGUUAAUGCAUAUGCUGCUCUUUUUUUAGCAAUACAAAGCUACAAGGAGGGCAAAAUUGGAAAUGCAUUAGGUUUAAUUCAUUUUGGAUUAUUAAGCUUGCAGAGUAAGAAAGAUGUCACUUCAAACUCCUUGGAAUCCAACAUUAAAUCAAGAAAACCAUUUCAAAAAUUAAGAGAGAAAACCGCGAAGCGCAAAAAUGAAAAACUCCUACUGACCUUGGACUCAAUUUCCACGCUCAAAAUUAAGGAUUCAUCAUUCAAUGACAAGUCGGGGAUUGUAUUGAACGAUUUGGCUUUUUUAUUUGAUCAGCUCAUUAAUUAUAACAACAAAUUUACACUGGAAAACAACAAGUUGAAUUAUGAAGAAGUAGUACAUUGGUCGGCUGUUGGCACAGAUACCAAAUGGCCAAUCGGGUGUAAAAUACCAAUCUCAAAUAUAAAUCCAUAUGAGCCAGGGGAAACUACAAAUACAAUGAAAGAAAGUGACUACGCUGGCCGUGGGUCUUAUUUUUGA